AUGUACAUUGGUGGCGUUUUCCACCCCCACAACGCCCACCGUGGCAAAUUAAUCAUUUGCCCCUUGCACGCGCGCCACCAACACCAGCCCUAUUUCAAGUAUUACGGCCACCUCGGCGCACUCAUCGGCCCUGAAUCUCCUGCCUCACCGCCUGGUUCUUCAACGCUUACUCGGCCCGCGCCCAACGCGACUCCUCACCAGGGCCUAUCCCCCACCCCUAUAGUCGCCACAACCAUGAGACUGUCAGCUCGCAGCGCAUAUGGUCAGCGUAGCCCGCAACCGUUCACGUUGCCUGUUCAUCUGGACUCAGCCCCAUCUUCCACAGACACUCGGCAUUGA